UCGUCUGCCAUUGUAAUAUGUACUUACUAUGUUAUGUGUUAUGCAUCACACUUCGUUAUUAAAUAUCAAACACUUGAUAAUUCAUCAGUGACUAACUGAGUGUGCUGUAGAAAGUGUAUCUUAAAUUAAAUAUAUUUUUCAUAUUAACAAUGGGAAUUUGUGUAAGGUUCUUACAACUUAUUGCUUGCCUCGCGUUCGUGAAGCCACUUUUAACGGAAGGAUCUUGUCAGUCAUGCCAUAUUUUGACUCCAUUAUUAAAAAAUGGCCAAACAUCUCAAGCUCGCGCCAUCUCUGAAGUCGACAGUUCCAAUUUUUUGGGAAUAAGAAGUUUUUCUGGAUUCCUCACUGUCAACGAAGAAUAUAAUUCCAAUCUCUUUUUCUGGUUCUUCCCUAAAGUUGUGAUGGAGAAGUCACCAUGGAUAAUAUGGCUGCAAGGAGGGCCAGGGUUUUCUUCAAUGAAAGGAGCAUUCGAUCUAAUUGGUCCGAUACAGGUGGUCAAUGGCAAAGUAGCCGCCAGAAAUGUGACAUGGGCGGACGACUACUCCCUGCUGUUCAUAGACAAUCCGGUGGGAGCCGGGUUCAGCUUCACCGACGAUGAGCGCGGAUAUCCGGACAAUGAGGAUGAUGUUGGCAGUCAAAUGCUGGAGUUUCUGCGCCAGUUCCUGCAAAUUUUUCCCGAGAUGCGAGCGGCGCCUCUCUUCGUGGCGGGCCAGUCGUACGCCGGCAAGUACGUGCCCGCGCUCGGGAUACAAGUGCAUCGACACAUGGAUAACAGUUCCAUCAAUUUUAAGGGGGUCAUGAUUGGAAACGGCCUAAUAGACCCUCGGAGCAUGAUGCAUUACAGCGAGCUAUGCACAGUGCUCGGUAUCCUGGACAGCGGACAGAUCGAGGAGGUCAAGGCCCUCGAGCAGUCCGUUGUUUACUUGAUAGACAAUAAAAACUGGACCCUGGCAUCCGAGGCAUUCAACGCCACAAUAGAAUUCAUCAAGACACACAGUGGCGUCAGUGUUUACAACUACCUAAAGGAUCCGGACAAUUCUGCCCCGGAGUUUGAGGUGUUCCUCUCGAGGCCUGACGUCAGAGAUUGGCUGCACGUCGGCAAUGCCAGCUUCGACUACAACAACCAGCUGGUGUACGAGAAGAUGUUGCCUGACAUCAUGAACACGACCAAACCUUGGCUGGAAGAGUUGUUGGAGCAUUAUGGUGUUAUGUGUUAUAGCGGUCAGCUGGACAUCAUAUUGGCGUACAGUUUGUCAAAGCACACGUACAACGCGCUGCAGUGGUCGCGUCGGUUGGAGUACGAACUGGCCAAACGUGAGCCCUUGCGAAGUGCUGAAGGUCCAAUUAUAGGAUACUCAAAAAAUGGCGGAAACUUUGUAGAGGUGUUAGUCAGGAGCGCUGGCCACGGCACCAUGGUAGAACAGCCAGAGGCGACCAAGGUCAUAAUGGACAUGUUCAUACAGCAGUUCAAAUAAAGGGCUAAACCCACCAUAUUCCUAGCUAAAGGCCGGCUGCUCAGAGUUUGCGUUUUUGACAGUUUGAACGAAUGGGCGAUGUAACUUCGAACUGGCGUACAAGGUUGUUGAACUGUGCUGUUUCAAGGUUAUGCCUACUGUUUGUCUUUGUAGUGCUAAUAAAAAAAUAAGCUAGUUGAUUCAUAUCAAAUUUAAUAUAAAAUAAUAUAUAUAAAUAAUUUCCUGUAAUACAUGGAAAAAGGGUCCGACAUAUAUCGAUAUUAAUUACGUAUUAGAAGUUAAGGAUUUCUUACAAAACUUGAAUUUAAAAAUCAUGUAUUUUUAAAUUUUCCAAACGUCGAAAACGUCCAUUUUGUGACGUCAUAAAGUUACUUGAUGUACUAAACGUCAAACUAAUUGUUAACUAACAUUUUUUAUAAGCGCUCCAUUUGUUAGUGCUACGUCAUGAAGCAGUUGAAAUAUAGACCACCAUGGCCGACAGGCGUUUUGGCUCGUAUUGUCAAAAAUAUAUAUUUUUUUAAUCUAGUAGAACGAUAAUGAACAAUUUCAGACCAUUUAAAAAAUGUGCCUAUUGUAAUUAAAUGUUUGUCCAUUUCGAUCACAAUCUGUCAGAAACGCAAUCACUGAGCGGCCGGACUUUAGUAUAAAGUAUAUAUAUAUAUAAGUCGGAUGCAAACUUUAUGAAGUCUCGGAAAUCAGCGGCGGGGUCGUUAAACGCAGGUAUACACAAAGUCAAGACCGCGUUACGUUACCGCUGAUACCUAAAACCUUGUAUUUAACUUAAUGCACGAUGUUCCGAAAUAUCAUAAAAUUA